CGAGGAGAAGAGAAGGAGGAGGCGGAGGAGAGCCACGGAGCCAUUUUGUACUCAUUUUAAACUCCGUGUGGUUUAACGCAGCUGCUGCGCGCCGCGGGUACGCCGAUGCUAUGGAUGCCAAGGGACUUUUUCCGCGUUAAAACUUCACGAUGAGGGGUAAAAGCAAAACUCGGUGUUGGCAGAAGGAGAGUUAAUGCUUUUUGCGGAGAAGUUUCCGUGAAGUUGAAUGGGAUUUUGGCAGGUUCACAAGCAUGGAGCUACCGAUGAUUUGGAUUUGGGUUUGUGUCCUGUUUUACGUGCCGCUGGUGGGAUGUUUGGAGAUACACCUUUCGGACACCUUACAGCCCGGGACCCUUUUGGCAAACCUGUCGCUUGGCCCUGGAUGGACUUUUAAACUUGACAGGACUUUAUCCCCAAAAUUCAUCCAAAGCUUUUUCCAAGUCGAAAGACACGGCGGGGUCGUCCGCCUGUCCCACAGAGUUCAGUGCGCGCACACGGCGAGGAACCCAGCGCCGGUUUAUUUCAGAACCAGUUCUUUGGCGUCUGGGGACGUUAUUCUGACACGGUUCAACGUGUUUGUCCACGGACAGGACUGUUUUAUCAAAUACAAGAGAAAGAAAUGGUCAGGUAAGCCAGACAUCCACAUUAAACACCUCACGGAACUGGAGGCGACUUCCUGCUUAACGGCAGGUAAACUGCUUUUAAAUGUAACUGAACUUUUGCCCUCCUUCACGCGCAACGUUGCAUUUUUGCACCGCGCGUGUGUCGGAAAAGACUUGAGUGCCGUGUUCAGGCAUGGGCAUCUACUCCUGACCAGCAACUUGUGCAUGGAGCAGCGGGCGCAGCCCGAGGGGAGUUUGCGCUGCGCGCUGCGCAGCUCUGCGGGCGGCCGGCUCUCUGUGCAGCUGAGUGUGACGAUCGUAAAAGUGCCCAAACAACAUGGAUCCGUCCCAGAAAGCAUCCGGAGGAACUCUGGCCAGAUGAUCCGCAGGGGGAAGCGACAAGUAAACGCGUCUCCCCAGUUCCAGCUCCCCAACUACCAGGUGUCCGUGCCAGAGAACGAGCCGCCCGGCACGCGGGUUAUCACCCUGAAAGCCACGGACCCGGAUGAUGGAGAGGGAGGCCGGCUGGAGUACAGCAUGGAAGCAUUGUUUGAUGUAAGGUCCAACGACUUUUUCAACAUAGACCCUCAGUCAGGAAGCAUAACAACCGUGCAGUCACUAGACAGGGAGGUCAAAGACACCCAUGUUUUCAAAGUUACUGUGAUGGACAACGGCUCCCCUAAGAGAUCUGCCACUUCUUACCUCACCGUCACUGUGAGUGACACCAACGACCACAGCCCGGUUUUUGAGCAAACCGAAUACCGCGUCAGCAUCCGGGAGAAUGUUGAAACGGGUUUUGAAGUGAUGACGAUCCGAGCCACGGAUGGAGACGCGCCGUCCAACGCUAACAUGAUUUACAAACUCGUCAACGGCGACGGGGUUAACUCUGUGUUUGAAAUUGACCCCCGGAACGGCCUUGUGAGGAUCAGAGAGCGGCCUGACAGGGAGACCCGGGCCAAGUACCAGCUUAUUGUUGAGGCCAACGACCAGGGGAAAGACCCAGGGCCCCGCAGUGCCACCGCCACCGUCAAGAUCUCUGUGGAGGAUGAGAAUGACAACUAUCCACAGUUCACCAAAAAGAGGUAUGUUGUAGAGAUCCUAGAGAAUGUGUCAGUCAACACCAAAGUCAUCCAGGUGGAAGCUACAGACAAAGACGAGGGGAACAACGCCAAAGUUCAUUACAGCAUCAUCAGUGGCAACGUCAAAGGACAGUUCUACAUCCACUCCCCCACUGGUGUGAUCGAUAUCAUCAAUCCUCUGGACUACGAGAUGAUUCGAGAGUACAAUUUGCGGAUUAAGGCGCACGACGGGGGCAGGCCUCCUCUAAUAAACGGCACGGGGAUGGUGGUGGUGCAAGUAGUGGACGUGAACGACAACGCCCCCAUGUUUGUCAGCACACCCUUUCAGGCUACUGUGUUGGAAAACGUGGCCAUCGGUUACUCUGUGAUCCACAUUCAAGCAAUUGACGGUGACUCUGGAUACAACGCCCUUUUGGAGUACCGUCUAACUGACACCGUGCCUGGCUUCCCGUUCACAAUCAACAACAGCACAGGCUGGAUCACAGUGAGUGAAGAGCUCGACAGAGAGACUACAGACUUCUACACCUUUGGCGUAGAGGCGAGGGAUCACGGGAUACCUGUGAUGUCCUCCUCAGCCAGCGUCAGCAUCACGGUGCUUGAUGUGAAUGACAACGUGCCCACUUUUACAGAGAAGGUCUACUCGCUGAAGAUCAAUGAGGAUGCUGUUGUGGGUACCAGCGUACUGACAAUGACAGCCGUGGAUAGGGACAUCAACAGCGUGGUGACCUAUCAGAUCUCCAGUGGCAACACCAGGAACCGCUUCGCCAUCACCAGCCAGAGCGGUGGCGGUCUUGUCACCUUGGCCCUACCCUUGGACUAUAAGCAGGAACGCCAGUACGUCCUGACAGUCACCGCCAGCGAUGGGACUCUCUACGACACCGCUCAGGUGUUCAUUAACGUGACGGAUGCCAACACACACCGGCCCGUCUUCCAAAGCGCCAACUACCAGGUGAUGCUCUGCGAAGAGAAACCAGUGGGCGCCACUGUUGUGAUGAUCAUAGCGACGGACGAGGACACGGGGGAAAAUGCUCGCAUCACGUACUUGAUGGAGGACAACGUCCCACAGUUUAAAAUUGACCCAGAUACCGGGGCCAUCACAACACAAAUGGAGAUUGAUUAUGAAGACCAGGCCUCCUACACAUUAGCCAUCAUUGCCAGAGACAAUGGCAUCCCUCAGAAAUCUGAUACCACCUACGUGGAGAUUAUCAUCCUGGAUGCCAACGAUAACACUCCCCAGUUCCUACGGGACAGGUACCAGGGGACCGUAUUUGAGGACGCACCUGUCUACACCAGCGUUCUCCAGAUAUCUGCUUCGGAUAGAGACUCUGGCUCAAAUGGCAGGGUGAGCUAUACAUUCACCGGUGGCGAUGACGGAGAGGGGGAUUUCUUUAUCGAGCCAUACUCCGGUAUCAUCAGAACUGCUCGCAAACUGGACCGAGAGAAUGUCCCGGUUUACAAUCUGAAGGCCUACGCUGUGGAUCGAGGGGUCCCGCCUCUGAAAGCUGCCGUUGUCAUCCACGUGGUGGUUCAAGACAUAAAUGACAACGCCCCGGUGUUUGAGAAGGACGAGCUGUUCAUUGACGUGGAGGAGAACAGCCAGGUCGGAUCUAUCGUGGCCCGGAUCAGUGCCACUGACCCCGACGAGGGCACCAAUGCUCAGAUCAUGUACCAGAUUGUAGAAGGAAAUAUUCCGGAAGUGUUCCAGCUAGACAUUUUUAACGGCGACCUCACUGCACUCACCGACUUGGAUUAUGAAGUUAAAACAGAGUAUGUCUUAGUGGUCCAGGCCACCUCAGCUCCACUAGUGAGCCGGGCCACUGUGCACAUCCGCCUCGUAGAUAUGAAUGACAAUAAGCCGGUGCUGCAGGACUUUGAGAUUAUCUUCAACAACUACAUCACCAACAAGUCCAACAGUUUCCCAUCAGGAAUAAUAGGAAAAGUUCCAGCUCAUGACCCGGAUGUGUCGGAUAAACUGCGGUACAGGUUUGAGUCUGGAAAUGAACUCAAUCUGUUGCUGUUGAACGAGAACACCGGGGACCUGAGGCUGAGCAGGGACCUGGAUAAUGACAGGACCCUGGAGGCACCCAUGACCAUUUCCGUCUCAGACGGCGUCCAUCGCGCCGUGGCCCUCUGCACGCUGCGCGUCACCAUCAUCACCGACGACAUGUUGACCAACAGCAUCACGGUGCGUCUGGAGAACAUGUCCCAGGAGCGCUUCCUGUCCCCCCUGCUCAGCCUCUUCCUGGAGGGCGUGGCGGCGGUGCUCUCCACCAAGCGGGAGGCGGUGUUCGUGUUCAACAUCCAGAACGACACCGACGUGCAGGGCUCCAUCCUCAACGUGACCUUCUCAGCGAUGCAGCCUGGCGGCGCCGCGGGCAAAGGGACGUUCUUCCCUUCCGAGGAGCUGCAGGAGCAGAUCUACCUCAACAGAACUCUGCUCAGGCUGAUAUCCUCUCAGGAGGUGUUGCCGUUUGACGACAACAUCUGCCUGCGGGAGCCCUGCGAGAACUACAUGAAGUGUGUGUCGGUGCUGAAGUUCGACAGCUCCCCCCCGUUCAUCGCCUCCGACACGGUUCUGUUCCGGCCCAUCCACCCCAUCAACGGGCUGCGCUGCCGCUGUCCGCUCGGUUUCACUGGCGACUACUGCGAGACCGAGAUCGAUCUGUGCUACUCCGGGCCCUGCAAGAACAACGGGAGGUGCCGCAGCAGAGAGGGAGGUUACACGUGCGAGUGCCCGGAGGACUUCACCGGCGAACACUGCGAGGCGAACGCAUCGUCGGGCCGCUGUGAGCCCGGUGUGUGCAAGAACGGCGGCAGGUGUGUCAACCGGCUCGCGGGUGGCUUCAUGUGCCAGUGCACACCGGGGGAGUUCGAGAAGCCCUACUGCGAGAUGACCACCCGCAGCUUCCCGGGACAGUCCUUCAUCACCUUCAGAGGCCUAAGGCAGAGGUUCCACUUCACCGUCUCCUUCACGUUUGCCACCAGAGAGAGGAACGCUCUGCUCCUCUACAACGGUAGAUUCAAUGAAAAACAUGACUUCAUCGCUCUGGAGAUCAUUGACGAGCAGAUUCAGCUCACUUUCUCUGGAGGUGAGACAAAGACCACAGUGUCUCCCUACAUCCCGGGCGGGGUCAGUGACGGCCAGUGGCACUCGGUCCAGCUCCAUUACUACAACAAGGAAGGGGGGAGUCUGGUGGACUCCAGUGGGGCUCUGCGGUUCCCGCUCUAUACCGCCUGGCUGGAGCUCGAUCAGAAGGAGCCAAACAUUGGGCGUCUAGGCAUUCCCCAUGGACCCUCUGGAGAAAAGGUAGCUGUGGUUGCCGUAGACGACUGUGACAUCUCCAUGGCAAUUCGCUUCGGGAAGCAGAUCGGAAACUACUCCUGUGCCGCCCAAGGCACCCAAACCGGACAGAAGAAGUCUCUGGACCUGACCGGGCCGCUGCUGCUCGGCGGUGUUCCCACCCUCCCUGAGGACUUCCCGGUCUGGAACAGGGAUUUCGUGGGCUGCAUGAGAAACCUCAGCAUCGACAGCAGACCCAUCGACAUGGCCAGCUACAUCGCUAACAACGGCACCGAAGCAGGUUGUCCGGCGAAGAAAAACUUUUGCAUUAGCGACCUGUGUCAGAAUGGCGGAGUGUGCGUCAGCAAGUGGGACACCUACAGCUGCGAAUGCCCAACCGGCUACGGAGGCAAGAAUUGUGAACAAGUGAUGCCAUCUCCUCAGUUCUUCGACGGCCAGGCGUUGGUCUCCUGGAGCGAGACGGACGUCACUGUCGCCGUUCCCUGGUACAUGGGCCUCAUGUUCCGCACCAGGCAGCCCGCCGGCACCCUGAUGCAGGCCAAUGCCGGAGCUCACUCCACCAUCAACCUCAUGGUGAGCGAGCGGCAGAUUCGUAUGGAGGUAUUUCUAAGGCAGGAGCUGGUGGCGUCGCUGAGCUUCCCACAAGUUCGCGUCAAUGACGGGGAGUGGCACCACUUGCUGGUAGAGCUGAGGAGCGCCAAAGACGGCAAGGACAUCAAAUACGUGGCUUACGUGUCCCUGGACUACGGCAUGUACCAGCAGAAGUCAGUGGAGCUCGGUAACGACCUCCCAGGAUUGAAGUUGCAGACUCUUCAUGUGGGAGGUUUGCCUGGAGAGGGAAACCAAGUCAGAAACGGAUUUGUUGGAUGCAUUCAGGGAGUGCGUAUGGGUGAGACGUCCACCAACGUGGCCAACGUGAACAUGGCUCAGGGCCUGAAGAUCCGCGUGGAAGACGGCUGCGACCUGGCUGACCCCUGCGACUCCAACAUCUGCCCUGAGAACAGCCACUGCAGCGACGACUGGAGCACGCACACCUGUGUCUGUGACCCAGGUUAUUUCGGGAAGGAGUGUGUGGACGCUUGCCAGCUGAACCCUUGCGAGCACGUUUCCACUUGCGUUCGCAAACCCAGUUCCUCCCACGGCUACACCUGUGAGUGUGGACAGAACCACUACGGCCAGUACUGUGAAAACAAAAUUGAGAAGCCGUGUCCUCAAGGCUGGUGGGGCAGCCCCAUGUGCGGACCUUGUAACUGUGAUAUUAACAGGGGAUUCCACAAAGACUGCAACAAGACCACGGGAGAAUGUCGCUGCAAGGAGAACCACUAUCGCCCAGAAGGAGAGGACACUUGCUACCCCUGCGAGUGUUUCUCCGUCGGCUCAGAGUCUCGAACAUGCGAUGGCGUCACUGGGCAGUGCCCCUGUAAGGGAGGAGUCAUCGGUCGCCAGUGUAACCGCUGCGAUAACCCCUUCGCCGAGGUCACUCCCACGGGGUGCGAGGUGGUGUACGAGGGCUGCCCCAAGGCCUUUGAUGCAGGCGUCUGGUGGCCCAAGACUAAAUUUGGACGCCCCGCCGCCAUGAACUGUCCCAAAGGAUCCGUCGGCACUGCUAUUCGUCAUUGCAACGAUGAGAAGGGCUGGUUGUCACCUGAGCUCUUCAACUGCACCACGGUCAGCUUCUCCCAUCUGAAGAAACUGAACGAGGAUCUGCGUCGCAACAGCUCCAGGAUGAACUGCGAGCACUCCAAGGCCAUCGUGCGGUUGCUCCACAGCGCCACUAACAGCAGCCAGCGUUACUACGGCAACGACGUGAAGACCGCCGCCCAGCUGCUGAAUCACGUGCUGCAGUACGAGAGCCUGCAGGAGGGGUUCGACCUCACCGCCAUGAGAGACGCCGACUUCAACGAGAACUUGGUGCGAGCUGGGAGCGCCAUACUGGAUCCCGACACCAAGGAGCACUGGGAGCAGAUCCAGAAGACCGAAGGCGGCACGGCCCACCUGUUGCGCAACUUUGAGGACUACGCCAACACGCUGGCACGGAACGUCAGGAAGACCUACCUGAAACCCUUCACCAUCGUCACCGACAACAUGAUUCUAACCGUGGACUACCUGGACGUGUCGGACCCGCAGAGGGCGACUCUGCCUCGGUUCCAGGACAUCCAGGAGGACUACUCCAAAGAGCUCGGGUCGUCCGUCCAGUUCCCACGUUUCAACCCCCGCACUCAGGGCAACAGAGCAGAGCCCACCCCAGGCCCUCCAAGGCAGACCGAUCCCCCGCAGGAGGAGGAGCACACAGUGUCUGAAAGGAGAAGGCGCCACCUUGAGCCAGCUGCUCCUCUGCCGGUUGCCGUGGUGAUAGUGUACAAAUCGCUGGGGAAGCUCCUGCCGGAGAGAUACGACCCCGACCGCAGGAGUCUGAGGCUGCCGAACCGUCCGGUGAUCAACACGGCCAUAGUAACCGCCACGGUGCACAGUGAGGGUCCGCCUCCUCCUCCCGUCCUGGAACCCCCCAUCACAUUGGAGUACACCAUGCUGGAGACGGAGGAGAGGACCAAGCCUGUGUGUGUCUUCUGGAACCACUCCCUCACGAUCGGGGGUACGGGAGGCUGGUCUGCUAAAGGCUGUGAGGUGCUCAACAGGAACAACAGCCACAUCAGCUGUCAGUGCAACCACAUGACCAGCUUCGCCGUGCUCAUGGACAUCUCCAAGCGAGAGCACGGCGACGUUCUCCCACUGAAGAUCGUCACCUACACCACGGUGUCGGUCUCCCUCUUCCUCCUCCUCCUCACCUUCAUCCUGUUGUGCCUCUUGCGCCGGCUGCGCUCCAACCUCCACGCCAUCCACAGGAACCUGGUGGCGGCGCUCUUCUUCUCUGAGCUCGUCUUCCUGCUCGGCAUCAAUCAGACCGACAACCCGUUUGUGUGUAUGGUGAUAGCGAUCCUCCUCCACUACUUCUACAUGUGCACCUUUGCCUGGAUGUUCGUGGAGGGGCUGCACAUCUACCGCAUGCUGACCGAGCUGCGGAACAUCAACCAUGGCCACAUGAGGUUCUACUAUGCCAUGGGCUGGGGCAUUCCAGCCAUUAUCACUGGUUUGGCAGUAGGUCUGGACCCGCAAGGUUAUGGGAACCCAGAUUUCUGCUGGCUCUCUGUCCACGACACACUCAUCUGGAGCUUCGCAGGACCCAUCCUUGUCGUCGUCCUGGUGAACAUAGUGAUCUUUAUUCUGGCCGCGAAGGCUUCAUGUGGUCGCAGACAGAAGGCUAUGGAGAAGUCAGGAGCUAUUCCUGCGCUUCGGAUGGCCUUCCUCCUGCUGCUACUCAUCAGUGCUACCUGGAUGCUUGGCCUACUGGCGGUCAACAGUGACGUAUUGACCUUCCACUACCUGUUCGCUGGCUUUAGCUGUCUGCAGGGAGUCUUCAUCUUCUUCUUCCACGUGAUCUUCAACAAUGAGGUGAGGAAAAACCUCAAGAACAUCUUCACAGGAAAGAAGAGUGUGCCAGACGAAUCCAGCACCACGAGGGCCUCGUUGCUGACACGCUCUCUCAACUGCAACAACACGAACACAGAAGACGGCCAGCUGUACCGCUCGGGCAUCGGCGAGUCCACCGUCUCCCUUGACAGCACGCUCAGGUCAGCCAAGAGCCGCAGCAGCUUCCUGGCAUACACACUCAGGGAGGAGUCUGGUCAGAAGCCCAGUGUCUCCUCGGGAACAGCGAAAGGAUACACUGACCUGGAUGGACCUCUGUUCCACAGGAACGGCACCAAGGGAGAUGCAGACUCCGACUCGGACAGUGAGCUGUCAGUGGACGAGCACAGCUCGUCCUACGCCUCUUCCCACUCCUCCGACAGCGAGGACGACGACAUGGAUGUCAAGCCCAAGUGGAACAACGAGAGGCAGCCCGUUCACAGCACCCCUAAAGUGGAGUCAGUAUCCAAUCACGUGAAGCCUUACUGGCCAACGGAGGCCACCACAGCCAGUGACAGCGAGGAUCCCGGCGGGGCAGAGAGGCUGAGGGUGGAGACCAAGGUGAACGUGGAGCUCCAUCCGGAAAAUAAGCUCAACCACGUAGGCGAAAGAGAGAGGGAGACUCUCCCGGAGAGAGACAAACAAACGGCCGGUAACGCUAGAGACGCAGCUCCGGCCAGCCAGCCCCAAGGCAACAGCAACCACCAACCGGAGCAGAGGAGAGGUAUCUUAAAGAACAAGAUCAGCUACCCCCCGCCGCUGACUGACAAGAACAUGAAGAACCGUCUGAGGGAGAAGCUGAGCGACUACAACACCCCCACCCCCACCAUCACCUCCCCACCCCCAAACAACAACCACACCUCCCCCCCGCCCCUCUCCUCCGUCAACAUCAUGAGCCCCUCGUCGCGGCCGCCCUCGCUGGCCACCAACGACUGCGGUCGCCCCGGCAACCACGAAAACAGCUCCCUCGUCAAGCCCCUCGUCAAGCCCCUCGUCAAGCCCCCCGUCGCCCCGCGGCCGCAGAUACCCACGGGGGCCCCGUCCGCGGGGGCCUACCAGGAGACCAACGGGGGGGUGGCAAUGCACUUGAAGUCAGGGACGGUCAACGGAGGCAACGGGUCUGACUCAGAUGGCAGUAACGAGACUUCGAUCUGACCUGUUAGGAAAACUCAGACCAGCCUGCCCCUGUGAGAGGAGGAGCGAUGAACCUGCUGGGGGAGAAGAAGAGGAAAGGAGAGCCGAGAGGACUGCAACAAAAGAAUAGAUAGACAAAGUGCUGCAGAUUGGGUGAAAGCAGGGGUACGGUGUUCUCCGUGCCCGAUCCGUCCAUCCUCCGUCCCUCCGCUCACGGACCUUCUUUCUGGAGAGCAGUAUUAAUUGCAGACUGUAAGACUGCAGAGAUAAUGAGAAGAUGUGGAAAAUAAAAAAAGGGAAUUUGGGACUGUAUCAAAGAGGACGUGUGCCAAAACCACUGUAGGAAACGGGGACUGGAAAUGGUGUUCCUCCGUGUGGUUAAUUCUCCCCCUCGAUGGGUAAAGUUAGGACAUUUUGAAAAAUGUCGGAUGGACAAGCCCUGUGUAUGAACCCAGACUCAAAUACAUGCUGGUGUAUGUUUGUCGUGCCGAAGGAUUUCAAGGUCUCCAAAUCCCCUUAAGUGUCACUCGUGACACCUUUUCUAUUGGACAUAUCAGAGUCUGAUACUAGACGUCUCAAUCAAGUGCUCUUCUUUUUUUUUUUUUUACUCAAAGAAAGGCUUUUCCUGCCUCUCAAUGCAAUGCAUUUAAAGUGUAAUUAACAUGUAGAUAUUGUUUGAAGAAGAAAUUACCUAUUUUGUAUUUCAGCUGUAGCUUGGACAAGUUUCUAAAGCUAGAAAAAAAAUCAUCUGCCUUUUGUUAAGUUGGGGAGAGCUCUCCAAUCGUGAAAAUCACUUGAUAUGCCUGUUUGUUCCACCGAGAACAAUUCUGAAUUGAGGCCUUACACAAACAAACACAUACUGUAUUGGCCCGUAGUGGGCUUUAGAGAUACAGACACACGGACACACAAACACGCGUAUGAUGGUUGCAAGACUGUUGUAUUUGUGUGUGAGAGUGACCUAGAAUGUCCCAAGUACAGAGUGGUGAGCAUGAAUGAACAUUAACUACGUGGAAUAGAGAGGGAUUCCCCCUCCCUGUUUUUCAGUUUGAGCACUAUGAACCUGAAGCCUUCUUUUCCAGUGUCCAACCCGCAUUAUUUUCCAAUACAACACACUCCUGGUUACCAAAGUCAUGAUCUACAGUAAAUGUGCACGUUGGGUUUGGAAUCAGUUUCAUUAUUAACUCACUUUUAUUCCAAAUAUAACAGCGAUAAGAGCGACCUUUGUUUAGUUUUCGCAGCACCUGCUUAGAGGUUUGGUUCAGAUCUUCCACUGAUGUCGGCACAGUCAACGCUUUAGGUUAAUAAAUGUCUGUCUUUCUUACUGAAUUUUUGGAUCUGAGUUAAAAGCGGGAAUGAAGCCAACUCCAUGCAUUUUGCAGCUAACUUAAAGUGUUUAGGACUCACUUAAGACACUGGAAAUGUUUUGUAACAUAAUGUAUAUUUAUUUUUUAUGGUUUGGAGACACUGGAAAGAAAACAUGAUUGUGACUGUAAAAUUAAAGAAAUGAUGAAUUUUUA